AUGUUAACAGUCAAGUCAAUUAAGUCGUUCAAUGAUAGUACUCAUGAAGACAUUCCUUUACAUAUGAGAAUGAGACGAAGAGGAUCAGGUAGAUAUCAAGGAAAUGGAUUGAAAUUUAAACCAUAUCCUUCCCCUUCUUGUUCAUUAUCAGGUACAGAAUUAUCAUUGGAUAAAAUGAAAAAAGACACACGGAAAGUAAGCGAAGUGAUUUUGAAUGAUAUAAAAUGUGAACACUGUGGUAAAGGAUAUAAACAUAUUAGUUGUCUUACAAAGCAUCGAUGGGAACACACUGUUUAUUUUAAUCCUAAACUUUCUAUUUCAAAACAUCAGCAAGUACAAUUAUUAGAAGCAGCUUCUAUUUUAAUUCAAAUGAAUCAAUCCAGUAAUUUCAAAUCGUUUCCCUUUGAUAUUUUGUUUAAAAAACAUGAUAAUUUUAUGGAUACCUUAAAUGAUUCUGAUGUUAAUCUGGAAGAAUGUGUUCCUGAGCAUCAUAUGGAAGAUAAUGUUGAUCAUUUAUUUUAAUUGGUUAGUGGAUAAUUUGCCUUGGAUAUCUUUCGUUUUUUGAAUUAACUAUGUUUUAUAAUGUUUUUUAUGUUCUUCGAUGUCAAUCUUUUUUCUAUACAAAUUAAAUAUAAGCGAUAAGUUUCAAUAUAUAUCUAAUGGUGACAUAUUCUU